CGUGGAAUCAGACGAGCUCUCCCCUCAAGUGCGGUACAAACCCAGCUCUCUUGGAUUAUGAAUCGGCACGAAUAUACAGAUUUGAACUUGUCGAGGCCAGAUAUCUUCUUGGACACUUCUCUGGAACCCCAUGGAGAUACAGACUCGUUUUUCGACUACGGGAGCGACGCCUUUCCAACUUGGGGAUACGAUUACUACGACAAUCUAUCCUCGGAAGAUUCGUUAUUUUGGCACCUCUUGAAACAAGCUCAAUUGGCCCGGCAUGGGGAAACCUUUGCCCCCACUGAGACCACGCCCACUCCACCCUCUGUGGAACUGGGCCUAGAAUUUGAAAACGACGACGCAGCUUGGGUAAUGGCCUGUACUUUCAUCAUCUUUUCCAUGCAAACUGGUUAUGCUUUAAUCGAAUCUGGAAUGUGUUCCAUGAAGAAUGAGGUCAACAUUAUGGUCAAGAACAUUGUGGAUGUGGCUCUGGGUGGAUUCACCUUCUGGUGCUUCGGAUACGGCUUGGUUAUGGGCAAAUCCGAGUACAGCACACCCCUGUAUGGUGUGGGGUAUUUCUUCUUUUCGCCGGAUGCCAAUCAAUAUGGCACUGGCGAGGCCUACCUGAGGUUUUUCUUUCAAUUGGCCUACGUCUCGUCGGCUACCACAAUUGUGUCGGGGGCCAUGGCUGAAAGGUGUAACUUUCGAGCGUUUAUGCUGUUUUGCGUCCUGAACGUGUUUAUCUAUUGUUUUCCUGCCCAUUGGAUGUGGGGUCCCAGCGGUUGGUUGAAGGAACUGGGGGCCAAAGACAUCGCAGGCGCUGGAGUGGUCCAUGCUUUGGGUGGUAGCUCUAGUCUUGUGGCUAGUUGGUACUUGGGACCUAGGACAGGGUUGUACACUCAACGAGAUAGAAUGAUUAUGGGUAACGCCCAAAACUCUUUGGUAGGUCUUUUCAUGUUGUGGUGGGCAUUUCUGGCCUUUAAUUCCGGCAGCACCUUUGGCGUGAGUAUAUUCAAGUGGAACUUCUCCGCCAAGGCCACAGUCACGACCAUGAUCUCGUCUUUUGGUGGUGGCAUAUUGGCACUCACUGUUUGUUACGUGUUCUAUCGGGGCAAAAUUAAAGUCGGUUAUGUGGUGACAUGCGUUUUUUCCUCCCUUGUCGCUAUUACGGGCAGUUGCUACAUCGUGGCCGCUUGGGAGGCCUUUGUCAUCGGGUUCAGCUCAGCGUCAUUAUGUUUUCUGGCUAUCAAAUUGGCUGAAGGCACAAACCACGAUGAUCCCGUAGCCAGUUUUGCUGUCCAUGGCGUGUCCGGAGUUUGGGGUCUGAUUGCGGUGGGCAUCUUCGCCCAGGCAGAUGACCGAAUCGAGGCCGCUAAAUAUGACGGCCUUCUCAACGGGGGAUACUAUUUGAUCGGAGUACAGUGCUUGGCAGCUCUGGUGAUUGUGGUGUGGUCAAUGAGCACCACUUAUUUACUUCUCUGGUUUAUUGACCACGUGAUUCCACUUCGGAUGGAUUUGGUGGACGAACUUUUGGGUGCUGAUUAUGCCACUCACAACAUUCUUCAUGCGGAUAUUGGAAUCGAGCGAGCCGUUGGGGUUCUCAAAGAAUUUCACGACUUCACCCAAGAGAUCGAGCCCACUGGGAACAACCUAGGUCACUCAUUGUAUUUGGAGGCCAACUACCAACAAAAACUGCCUGCCUUACCCCGGGGAAAGUCGGCCAAAAUAUUUGGCCAAAUUAUCACUCAAGCUGAUGUAGACAAGUACAACCAAAGAGAUCAUCGUCAACCCCCUCGACGAGCUCAAAGUGGAGCCUUUGGUAGGAGGGGACACAGCCAGUUGUUGACCACAUGGCACCCGUUUGAUCCCAUUGAAGAGCACCAAUUGGAACGGGGCUCGAACCAUUCUUCCUUGGAUUGAAAUGAAUGUUUUGAUUGAAUUGAUACAUUGCAUGAGUUGAUCAAAUGCUUCAAUCCCAUUGUCUAAUGGCCAAUAAACGAUGAAAC